AUGGCCGAACGCCGCCAGAACCGGCCACUCCGAAGCGGCUCAUCGUCUUCUUCGUCGGCCGCAGCCGCCGCGAACAACCACAAGGAGAAGGAGAAGGGCGAGGAGAGCGACAAGGAGGAGGAGGACGAGGAGGAGCCUCUUCAUCCGCUCCACCCCAAGUACAACCCCUUCGUCCAGCUGGACGACGUCGAGGACGUCGAGGAGGGCCUGCUCCUCCUCAUCCUCUUCUUGACCAACCUCCUCGCCUUCGCCUUCACCUUCGCCACACUUCCCGCCACAACGACGCAACUACGCGCAAACAACAAAUAA